GAGGAAAGAGAAGAAGAAGAAGAAGAAGAAGAGACGAUGAAGAAGGGAGGGUUUAGCAGCAGCCUCAAGCUCUCGAUCCCGGUUUCCGGCGAACAAUCCAUCAACAAAUUCCUGACGCAGAGCGGUACAUUUAAAGAUGGCGAUCUGCGUGUUAACAAAGACGGAGUUCGGAUCGUCUCUCAAUCGGAACAGGAAGCUCGGCCUCCUAUUAAGCCAACGGAUAACCAGUUGAGCUUAUUGGAUUUGGAAACGGUCAAAGUCAUCGGAAAGGGAAGCAGUGGUGUUGUGCAGUUGGUGCAGCACAAAUGGACUGGCCAGUUUUUCGCCUUGAAGGUUAUUCAACUGAAUAUUGAUGAGGCAAUACGCAAGGCAAUUGCACAGGAGCUAAAAAUUAAUCAAUCAGCUCAAUGUCCAUAUCUCGUGACCUCGUAUGAAUCGUUUUACAAUAAUGGAGCCAUUUCGAUCAUAUUGGAGUACAUGGAUGGUGGAUCUCUGGCAGACUUUCUCAAAACGGUCAAAACAAUUCCUGAGAGCUAUCUUUCUGCAAUCUGUAAGCAAGUGCUUCAGGGUUUGUUGUAUCUUCAUCAUGAGAGGCACAUUAUUCAUCGCGACUUGAAACCUUCCAACCUGUUGAUAAAUCACAGAGGAGAAGUCAAGAUUACUGAUUUCGGCGUGAGUACAGUUAUGACAAACACAGCAGGGCUGGCAAACACAUUCGUGGGGACUUACAACUAUAUGUCUCCAGAGAGAAUAGUUGGAAGCAAAUACGGAAAUAAAAGCGAUAUAUGGAGCAUGGGAUUAGUGGUGCUUGAAUGCGCAACGGGGAAGUUCCCAUAUUCACCACCGGGACAACAGGAGACAUGGACCAAUGUCUUUGAACUGAUGGAAGCCAUUGUUGACCAACCACCACCCGCUGUUCCUUCAGACAAAUUCUCUCCGGAGCUCUGUUCAUUCAUCUCUUCAUGUUUACAGAAAGACCCGAGCGACAGAAGCUCGGCCAAGGAACUAAUGGAACAUCCUUUUGUGAACAAAUACAACGACAACAGCACGGAAGUGAACCUGGCGUCGUACUUCACGGAGGUAGGGUCGCCGCUCGCGACGCUUGAGAAUUUGACCGGUACGUUCUCAGUAUAGUAACUUCCCAGAGUCCAUGAUUCCUGAUAAUAACAAUAACAAUAUUACUCUUUAGCCUAAAAGCUUGUUUUUUUUUUAAAAAAAUAAAUUAUUUGUGCUGUGUUUGUCUGUGUAACCUUGAGAUGAUUAGAGGUGCUGGGAACAUCAGAGUGAGUGUGUUUCGGAAGGUAAAUAUUAUCGUAACGCUCGGUUUGCAUUGUGGGAUCAUUGGAUUGGAACCCACUUAUUGUGAUGCUACUUUUCAAUU